AUGAACCGAGCAAUACAAGUGAAGCCAGCGGACAGCGAAAAUAGAGGAGAUCGGAAGCUGUUCGUUGGGAUGCUCAGCAAACAACAAACGGAAGAGGAUGUACGCCAGCUGUUCACGCCCUUUGGUACAAUAGAAGAGUGUUCUAUUCUACGUGGACCGGACGGCGCGAGUAAAGGUGCUGCACAACCACCCAGCAGCCCCUCGCAUCCAUCAUCCCCACCAGCUGGCUUGGUGUCGGCAGGGUCUUCGCGGGCCCAGCAAUCGGCACCCGCCUCUGGUGGAGUACGCCGCAUGCGUUGGACAACCCAGAUGAACAUCAACGCAUUGCGGGCGUAUUUUAGGACGAAAGGGGGAGAAACUGGAUGUUUGGCGUAUCGGGCUAGGAUGCAUCGUCUUUUUGCUGAGCUGGAGCCAUCUUUAACCGUCACAGAGCAAAACCUGGCAGACCGAGUCCGGUAUAUCUUGCGCUCAAAUAUAUUUGAUGUCGCCGAACUCGAACGGCUACGACGUGAGGCUGUUCCCUCGUCGGAUGAGAAUGCUACGGCUGAGGAUGCGGCGCCACAAAUGGUAGAGCAACCCGCAAACGUGGAUGCCGCCGUGAAUACCCCAGUUGUGGUUGAUUCAAACGAUGAUGGAACAGUCGCCCAGGAACUGGAAUUAGAGCAUAUGAGGAGUACAUUGGAAGAGGCGAUUAUGGAAACGCGCAGUACGCCUCUCGAAAAUCGACCGCGACUUCCCCGCAUAGCCCUAAGCAAGCGGAAUCGGGCUGUCGUGAGGGCUCUGAACCCAAUGCUGGUGACCUAUUUGGAAGCCAGCCGGGACCUUUGCGAGACGGACUCAAUUCUUUUUGGCGCCGCGCUGGCAGUCUGCCGUAUCAUAGGCGCCAAGGUUUCCACGGCUGGACGCGCUACUGGCCAUAGUAGCGCUAUCCCAGCAUGA